ACAGGCUCCUAUCUGCUCUAUAGAUCUAUGUUUGAAUUCGUUGGCAACAUGGCGUCUCCCGAAGUGCACGUCCGAAUAUGCGAGCAAGAAAUAUUAAAAUAUGACCUGGAAGUCAAGGCUCUCAUCCAGGACAUAAACGAGUGCAGAGGUCCUCAAAGCAAGUUGACGGAACUGAACGCUGACGUGAAAAAGAGUUUUCACAAUCUACGGCUGCGCAUACAAGAUUUAGAGCAGAUGGCGCUGGAGCAGGACAAAGAGUCUGAAAAGCUGGCCUUGAUUAAUCAGGUAGAGGGACACAGGAAACAGAUGCUGAGCAACCAGACUGCCUGGAGGAAGUCCAACCUGGCCAGCAAAUUGUCAAUCGACAAUAUGGAGAAGCAGGCGCUGCUUAGUGGAGCUGAUAGCGGCCCCAGGCAGAGGAAGAGCACCAAAGAAGGCCUGGCCCAGACGUCCCGUGACAUUACAAAGAAUCUGAUGAGCAUCAGUCGGAUGAUGGCCCAGCAGGUCCAUCAAAGCGAGGAGGCCAUGACCACACUAGCAACCUCAUCCAGGACCAUCCAGGAGACCAACGAGGAAUUUAAGACCAUGACAGGGACCAUUCAGCUGGGGAGAAAACUCAUCACCAAGUACAACCGCAGAGAGCUCACUGACAAACUGCUCAUCUUCCUGGCGCUGGCCCUCUUCCUCGCCACAGUCCUCUACAUCUUGAAGAAGAGACUCUUUCCCUUCUUUUGAGGAGCCAUCAGCACAUUCCGGUGCUUCCCCCAAGUGAGCGCAAAUGAUUUCAAACGUGUCUUCUUACCUCGACGGCUUCCGCUCACUUUCUCCUUUUACUAUGUUGAAGCAAAUACUACACGUCACCGGAUGAAUAGGUUUUAUUUUUCUACCAAAAAAAAAAAAAAAUGUACUUGUAGCGUAAUGUGUCCUAAGCUUCUGUUUGUGAGACUUCUCUCAAGCAGUGCCACCUGUAGUUAGUGUAAAAUCCACAAAUAUAUUUGACUAAAGAUUUGUUUUGUGUCAAAAUACAAAUGACCUUACGACAGCAUUAAUUUUUGGGCAACAGACUACUCCUGAAAAUAUAUUGGUCAUGUGACAAUGGUGGUCUCAAAAUUUCUUUUUCUUUUUUUUUUUUUUAAAUGCUUUACAGGAAAAGUCUGCAUUCCUACCAACUCUAAAUCCUCCCAUCAAGUAUGCACAAAUUAUAUAUGUAC